AUGACUUACCUCCGCUGGCAACGGUAAGUUUAGAUGUCACCUCUAGCAGUGCGGAUUCGCUUCAGCUUGGCGAUGUCUCGCCGAGCCAACCGCACGCUGCCUUCGGGUGUCGAAUCGGGCGUGAACGGUCACUUGACUAACGAUUGGCUGAACCUCCUGUGGCCCAAACGCUUCGCAUCACACCCAUAUCGACAACCCGUAUUCCAUCUCGCCAUCACUCUUCUGGAAUGGAUCGUAUUCGCCCCCUGCAGAAUCGUCUUUUUCAACAUCACCUCGGCGCUGUGCACCGCUACGGCUGCUCUGGGUGAGUUUCGUUUCAUUCAUCUGAAUCGGGGAGAGGGCGCGUCAGGGCGGGCUAUCCUUCGCAACUUUAUUAAUGGCGCUCCCUCUCAUUUUCAACCGUCGUUAUUGUAUCUGGCAGCUAUUUGGGGUCUUGUCACGUACGUCGAAUUCCUCUUGGUACACCGCGGAAUCGAGGAGCGAGUGCAAGAAGUGGCGGUGGCGACCUCGGGGCCGGCGGAGCAGCGCGUCACUCGCUCGAUCUGCCUGCCUGUGGUCCGCCAAAAAUGCUUCUCCCGUGUGCAUGGCACCUCCCUGACACUCCUUUCCUUCUUCUACACGUCAAUAGAGGCUAUCAACAGAAGCAUGAUGUCCGUGAAAAGCUUAAUGGUGCAACCUUGCACAUCCAAAAUGCGUUCGCCGCCGGUGGAUCCGUAGCCGCCGUGAGUUGGUUAUUCACGUCGAGAAAUCGAAAGCCGCCCCCUCCCCCGGCUCCCCACCUUGUCGCAGUCGCGGGGUAGCAGCUUGGCCGAGGACACUCACGAGUCUGUACACUGAAAUCAUGUGAUUCCAUUUUUUAUUUUGUCGUCUGAAAUGACGAUUUUCCGAUCUCAGGCAUCCGUGAGUUGAGCCAGCAUCUCCGAAACACGGGCGCGCGCGGGAGCAGCACAAGUGACUGACCAUUGUCGACUCUUGUCCGUCUCGCACACAGGGUCUGGCCUCUUUGUUGUGCACCUUCGUUCUCGCCAUGGCCCUGUUCCGGCGCAACAAGCCUGAAACGCUCUCGAGUGUCCGACUGAAGGAGGUGCUCUUUGGCUUUUCGUGCCUCUGCUGGAUCGGUACCCUCAUCCCCGCCACUGUAAGUGAACGAAUAAUUCGUUUUUUGAAAAGCGACGAGCCGAAUCGCGUCCCUUAGAAUUACGGGACUAAACUUCUUCCUUUGCCGCUUCGCUACUAGUACAUCUGGCAAACCAAAGCUGGUGUCAUCACCAAGACGGGUGUUCCCGCCGCCGUGCUCGCCCAAAUUGUCGCUCUCGGCAAAAUUGAUCUUCGCUGUAAGUUUUGCUCAGCGACGGCCCUCUCUUUCCCAAAGCCAUUUUGCUCACUCCCUGCGCCAACCCUUUCUUCUCCGCUCUUAGACAAGACCAACAAGCCCUUGAAGUCGCAAAUCAUCGUUGGCUGGAUCGCCUUCGGCGCCACCUUGAUCACGACCGCGCUCGUCCUCGCUGAAGCGCGCUACGUCCUCAAACACGGUCGUGACGGGCCUCUAAUCGGGCACUUGCACGAGACUGAGACGACAGCGACAGCGACGGAUCGUCAUGAUUCUUUCGAGAAGCGCGAGACGCAAGAGUUGGCUUGA